UCACACUCUCUCCCCCGUCCCCAUUAGGUUCCUUUUCAUUUUUAAUUUCCCUUACUACGAACCCAAACCCUUAACCCCAAAAACUCCAAAUUCUUCUUCAUAUAUCUAUGGCUACCCACAAGCUUAUGGAACAAUAUUUCAUCAUUUUAUUUUGCUAAUUCUUCAAUUUUGAAUAUAAUCCUCGCCCCAUCUCUCUCUCUCUCUCUCUCUCUCUCUUUCCUCAGCACAAUCAAUACAAAAACCAAAACCCACUUCCAAAGAUUAUUCAAACCAAAAUUUGAAACGCAAAUCUCAUUCCUUCUCAUCAAAAUUUUCAAAAUGGAUGGAAUUACACCCCACAAUCGCCCUCUUCCUCCUCCUUUCCUCUCCAAAGAUCUCCAUCUCCACCAUGGAUUAUUCCACGCCCACCACCAAAACUCCGACGACGACCAUACCCCCGGACCUAAGAGAGACAGGGACUCCGACGACAACCCCACUAUGGACGACGACACCAAAGAAUUAUCCAACUCUUCUUCUCGUCGCCCACGUGGCCGACCAGCCGGUUCCAAAAACAAGCCAAAGCCACCUAUUAUUAUCACUAGAGAUAGCGCCAACGCCCUCAGAUCUCAUCUCAUCGAAAUCUCCACCGCCUCCGACAUCGUCGAUUCCCUCGCCACCUUCGCACGCCGUCGCCAGCGUGGUGUUUGUAUUCUUAGCGCCACUGGAACCGUCGCCAACGUCACUCUCCGCCAGCCCUCUUCCCCCGGCGCUGUCAUCACCUUACCUGGCAGAUUUGAAAUUCUCUCCCUCUCCGGUUCUUUCCUCCCACCCCCGGCUCCCCCAGCAGCCUCCGGUCUUACCGUUUACUUGGCUGGCGGGCAGGGGCAGGUCGUCGGUGGGAAUGUUAUCGGCCCACUUUCGGCAUCUGGACCGGUGAUUAUCAUGGCCGCUUCUUUUGGUAAUGCUGCGUAUGAGCGGCUACCUAUUGAUGAUGAGGAUGAAACUUCACCGGCGCCGGAUCAGAUGGCGGGACAACAAGCGGCUGCAGCACCACCGCCGCCCCAAUUGUUGGGGGAUCCUAACGGGGGAUUGUUUCAUGGUAUGGCGCAGAAUGUUGUGAAUUCUUCAUGUCAAUUGCCGGGGGAAGCAGCGGCGGCGUUUUGGGGAGGAGGUCGGCCACCGUAUUGAAAGUACAAUCUUUUGGGGUUUGAUGAGUUUUUUUUUUUUUUUGUUCAUCUCAGCUUUAAUUUUUAUCUUCAACUCUUUUAAUUUUACCAAAUAAUUAAUCUUCCUUUUUUUUUUUUUUUCACUUUUGGGGUUUAGUUUCUAUUACUAUCUUCUUUUUCCCAAAGUCUAAAUUAACUCCUUCUCCUGUUGUGUGUGAGAUUUUAAUUUAUAUUUUGAUUUGAACAUACCAAAUUAUGGAAGAAAAAAUAAACUAAUUAUGUUUAUUGUUGUUGAAUUAGAAGAAGAAGAAGAAGAAGAAGAAGAAGGAUGUACAAAAUUGGUAGCUCUUAUUAUUUAUGAUGAAUGGGACUUUCAAUAUUUAGCAAAAACUAUGCCCUCUCUCUCUCUCUCUCUCUCUUUAUAUUUCAGUAUUGUGUUAUUGGUUUUAAAUUUAUUGUUUAGUUAAAAUUCAAAUUUAUAUGUAACUUAUUUCUCUCUUGGAUUAUUCAUGGUGUGCUUAAUUAGGAGAGCAAGCUAAGAUUCUCUAAUUAAAUUUGAUUCCUUUUGUUUA